GCCGCAGUACCACCCUGCGGGAGGGUCUCCUUUUCUGUUUUGCUGGCGUGAAGACGUGCCUCGCCAUUGGCUCGCUCCAUCCGCUAGCAACUGGCGCCAUCUGCCCCUCGGGGUCGAGGUCCCAGCACAAGGUUUACGCACUUACCGCUAUUCUUGAACGCCUAUUGUCAUUACCACUUGACUGCAGUUGUCGACCAUGGCCUGCAUUCGCCUCACCGUCCUGGCCCUUUGUCUCACAGAGGGACUUUCUAUGUCAGUCGCUGAUAACCUUUUUGUCCACCUUCGGACAAGAAUGCAGACAAUCAGCUCAGAGCUCUCUGCCUGGGAGCUCCUGCGCUCCGUGAGCUCUGCAGCGGUGCCGGAUCUUGUGGCCCUGCUUUGCGCUGGCGCCUUCUUCUAUUUCCUCAGCUACACGCUGGUGGUCCCCAAACGCGUCAGCAAAGUUCGCGAGCCAGAGGAGGAGAGUAGCGAGAUCUCGCAGAUUCCGGAGAUCUCGGGGUGCACAUCAUUGCACUGGGCAGCGCACAACGGCCUUCUCCGAGAAGUGGAGAAUCUUUUGCAUGCAGGCGCUGACGCCAAUGCAAUGGACAACUACCACGAGACGCCCCUUCACAUGGCAGCCCGGGGUGGCUAUGAGGACAUUUGCAGUUUACUGCUGGACUAUGGUGCCAAACCCCAGGCCUUGAACAAGAAUCACAAGACGCCCUCUUUGAUCGCGGCGCUCUCUGGACACGCGGAGCUUUGCGGCCUGCUGAACCCUGGCGAGUUGACAAGGAGAACCUUGCAGACAAAGGCUUUGCCAGUAGAGUCUGACCUCAAGGAUUGGAGCCGCAGCCCCGAGGGCUUGGAACACUUCGGUUGCAACGAGCUGCACUGGGCAGCUUUGAGGUGUUCCCUUAGGGAGGUAUGCUCCCUGCUGGCCGCUGGGGUUCCACUGGACCUGCCAGACCCUUGGGGAGACACAGCGCUACACCUCGCCGCCCGGGCCGGGUGCCUGGAGGUGUGUGGGGCGCUUUGCGCCGCCCGCGCCAAUGUGCGGCUAGUGAACAAGGAGAAGAAGUCAGCUCUAGACAUUGCUCGCUGCGCCGGCCACCACGACAUUUGCAAACUUCUGCAGGACUUCCUUUGACGCGCUUAUUGGGUUCCUGCCACGCACAGCUGAGCUGCCUGCCAUGCCCGGAACACGGAACUUGCUGGAGGAAUCUAUCGGACCUUGGGUUUCCCCAACUCUAGGCGGCAGAAAGCUAGUUCGGGCGGCGGGCAGAUCGGAGUCACUGCACGAAAUCCGUCAGGGCAGUUUGGUGCUGGUAACGGCCCCGGGCCCAUUUGCUGACGCCUUGCCUUGGGCAAGGCAGGUUCCGAUUGGCGAGUCGGCAUCCCCAA